CUUUUAAUAACACGAGAUUUCACGAGAUUUCAUUUCCCAAGAUGGCUGCCUGAAUGGGAAUAAUUUUUUAGUUCUCCAAAUCUUUCCCAGAUUUUGCCUUCCGUACUGUCGGAUGACCUGUUUAGAAAGUACAAUUUUAAGGUAACCUCUAACUUGCUGCUCAGUGAAGAUGGACAGUUUCAGUCAGUGGCAGGCCGGCUUUAGUAGAGGACCACCAAACCUCCGUCAGCGCCCCCCUCCCCCUUCACAUGGCUCUCAGUUUCCGUUUCAUCACAACCCAAGCUCCGGGCUGCAUGGACAAGUCGGGAUAAGCGCUGGACAACAGCAAGACCAGAACAAUGAUGGUCAGCAGUUCUAUUCGGGUGCGGCCGGUGGGGUACAGACACCGGGACAUGGGUAUGCAAACAUGGAACAACAACAACAGCAGCAUUUUGGAGAAGGUUUUUCUUUUCAUCAGGGUUCUAUGGAUAGCUUAGCAAAUACGCCGUUAUCUUCCAAUCAGGAGCAGUACGAUCAACCUCUAGGUUUUCCCUCAGGACCGCCAAAGUUCGAGCAAACCCGUCACGACAUGGUUCACCAUGCUGACCAUGGUACAAGAGAGGGACAUUUUACCAACAGCACCCCACAGCCAGGUAUGGCACAACGUGGAACAGCUUUUCAACAGAACUUUUCUUCUCCGUUUCCUGCAAAUCCUCCGUUCAACGUCAGUGGAGGCACUUUGGACAGUACAGGAAGGGGUUUUGGCAACAACCAAAUGUCCAUACCACCAGCAUUUCCUCCGCCAAUCAGUCACGAUCAAGACUUUCCAAGUCUAAAACAAAGGCUGCCGAAUGUUCCCCCUCCACCCAUGCCUCCACCGUUUCCUAAUUUAUCAGGACAUCUUCCAUUUACACCAAAUACCAUGCAAACUACACCAAUGCAUCAGCAGGGACUAUCACUGGGCCAGACUUCUCACAGCACACGACCGUCAGACGAGAAGGUACAAGCUGAUGCAGAUAAGGAGUGGCUGUCUACAUGGCUGUCAAACAGAGGACUGGGGAAAGCGAGGACAAAGAGGGAGAAAGCUCCUGCUUUGACACUCCCAGAGGUGAGACAGAAGCUGGCUGAGUGGAGGUCUCUCCUGGACCAGCUGACAGAACAGGAAGCUGUGCUGAUGGAAGCUGUGGAGGCAGAUGACUCCACAUGGCAGGCUGAGAUGGAGACAGCUGCAAUAAUCAAAGACAAAUUAACCAAAGUGGAGAGCCUGUUUGGGGAUGAGCAGUUGCUGACACAAUUGGAACGAAAACUCAUAAGGAUCCAGAAAAAGAGGGCCAGGAUGAGAAGGUUACGGGAAGAAGCCUACAGGAGAAGACAGGAGGAACAGCAGAGAUGUCAGGACAGACAUCAGAAGAUUGACAAGUGGAGAAACAGCAUCCUCCAGAAGGACCUGGAUGCAAAGAGGGAAGCAGAGCUUAAGAAGGAAGUUGAUGACACUCUAUCAGAGGUGCGUAGGAAGCAGUCGGAGGCAACAAAAUCCAUGGACCUGCUGAGGUCUCUGGGCAAGCUGAGGAAACUGAGGAAGGAAGCCAACGAGAGGAAAGGUGUAAAAACAUCAUCAGAGACAGAACGCUUGUUCGAGUGUAAGUUACAAGACUACGUUGAGAUGAUGGACGAUCGGUCCAAGAUGUACGCAGAGGAGGAGAGGAUGCUGAGGGCAGUGGUGGAGGAGGAGCAGGAGGAGGAGAGGGAGAGGUACAGACAGGCCAGGAAAAAGAAAGAGGACAGAGAAGCCAGGAAGAAGGAAGCAAGACAGUUGGAAAUGCUGUUUGGACCUGCAGAUCCCCUGGACACAUCUGACCCCCUGCUACUGUACAGGCAGUACUAUGAGCAGGGUGGUAACAGUGUACAAUCCCUCAUACAUAUCAGGAGAGAGUGGGAUAUGUAUCUUGUGCCAGAUGGCACCAUGGGAGCGACGACUGCACCUGCUGGUUGGGUGGUGCCAUCUGAACCCUCCAGCGAGGGGUGGGCAGGAUGCCUCAAGGAAAACACAGAGUGAUGGUUGGGCCCAAGGAUGGUCCUGGCAAGUCACAGCUGGCCUGCUGAAGUCGACAUGACAAGAAUCCUAAAAUUUUCCUGUGAUUUUGAUGUCAAAGAAAUAGAAGCGAACUUAAGCUGUAGAUGAUAUUGCAAUAAGAUGAUAUUACAUAUAAUAUUUAAUGUACAUCAGGCAUGGUAUCAGGUAUUCUAUUGCUGUAUUAGUCAUUUAAUUGUUAUUGGACAGAAUAAAGUUGAAUUAAUCUGUGUUCACCAUACUAAGUGGUGAACCACAGGCAA